AGAGGUGAGCAGGAAAAACUUGUCUUUGUGAAGCACAAAAGGAAGUUCCGAGACUCUUCUCAGGAGAGUGACUACUGUGUCCGUAAUCUGCGAAAGAAGAUAGCAAGUCGCAGAAGACCACCGCGAUGUGAUGUAGAAGAGUUCAUAGAAUUCUCUUGUGAGGAGAAAGAAACAACCUUGUCUUCCGUGGAUGAGGAAGAGACAGAAAACCAAGCAGAAAAUUCAUCGGAUGCUCCCAGUGAUGAUGAGGAAGAAUGGGGAAAUACAAGUGACUCUUCCAGCUAUUAUUCUGAUUGGACAGCAAAUGCUGGAAAUAACCUGCAUCCUCCAAGCAGAGUUUCUGCAAGGCAAAGAGCUAGAAAGUGUAUCAGCAGUUCUGAAGAUGAGAGCUCUGCAGAGGAAAAAUCCCCAGAGAAGGCUUCACCUCCCAAAAAGAAAUCACCCGAACCCACAAAUCAGAACGGGUCUGCAGCAGGUUCUCAGAGGCUUCCUGAAAGCAGAGAGCUCUCAAAUGACUGGUAUCCUUCUGUAUGGAUCACAGAUACAAAUCCUCGAAGAUCCCCUUUUGUCCCACAAAUGGGAGAUGAAGUAGUUUACUUCCGACAUGGUCACGAAGCGUAUAUGAACGCAGUCAGGAGAAGUAACCUCAGUAUCUUGAACUCAAUGAAAGAGCCAUGGAAAAAAUGUGAACUUAGGGACCAGGAAUUGGUGAAAAUUGUUGGGAUCCGAUAUGAAAUUGGACCUCCCACUUUGUGCUGUCUUAAACUUGCCUUGAUAGACCAUGUUAGUGGAAAGCUCAUGGGACAAUCCUUCUCCCUCAAGUAUGUUUUCCUUCUGUUU